AUGGUAGUCCACUUGUUUGGCAACACAUCAAGUCCCGCUGUGGCAACGUUCGGCCUCAGAAAAACGGCAGAGAGUGGAGAGAAAGAAUUUGGUCAAGACGCUAAAAACUUUGUUGUCGAAGAUUUCUACGUAGACGACAGUUUGACAUCACGCGAUACAGCGGAAGAAACCGUAUCUCUCAUCAAGAAAACGCAAGCAAUGCUCGAAACUGCAAACUUGAGACUUCAUAAGAUUGCUUCUAACUCCAUUGAAGUCAUGAAAUCAUUUCCAGACCAAGACCGAGUCGAAGGCCUCAAAGAUCUACAUAUCGAACAAGGCCCACUUCCCUCACAACGGUCGUUAGGAGUAAUGUGGGAUUUGGAGAAGGAUGCCUUCGCGUUCCAAAUCACGUUGCCAGAGAAACCGUGUAUGCGUAGAGGCGUGUUAUCUGUCGUUAACUCAAUAUACGACCCAUUGGGAUUCGCGAUUCCGGUAACCCUGCAAGGACGAUUAUUACUACGGGAUCUUGUCAAAAUUGGGAAUGAAAAACGGGGUAACGAAGCACCUCUCGGAUGGGACGACCCUCUUCCGCAACCAUUGCAAAAUCGAUGGAGUUGCUGGAGAGAUUCGUUACGCGACUUAGAAGACAUCCGAAUUCCAAGAUCUUAUCGUCCCGAAACCUUUGGCAUAACGAAAAGAUCAGAAAUCCACGCAUUCUCGGACGCCAGCCAUAAAGCAAUCGGUACCGCAAUCUACCUUAAGCCAGAAAACAAUGAGGGAGUAGUAAAUGUCUCACUUCUGUUCGCACAAGCUCGAUUAUCCCCAAAGCAAGCAACGACUACCCCAAGGUUCGAACUUUGCGCCGCAGUGUUAUCAGUCCGAGCUGUAAAGUGGAUAACUCGCGAACUGCGAGAAAAUAUCGACGAAAUUGUGUUCCACACCGAUUCCAAAGUUGUAUUAGGCUAUAUUCAGAAUGAAAGCCGACGCUUCUACGUCUACGUAGCGAACAGGGUUCAGAUAAUUCGCAAUAUUUCAGAUCCCUCGCAGUGGAGAUACGUGGAAACAACCAAUAAUCCUGCCGACAUAGCGACUCGAGGUAAACCAGCGAAACAGCUCAAAAAAUCGUCAUGGUUUAACGGUCCAGAAUUUCUGCAUAACGGUAAUUCCUCUUCCAUGCUAGACCCUGAACUUGGUAUUACAAAUGACGAUCCCGAGGAUCGCCCCGACGUGUUAACCUAUUCAUCCGAGGUUCAACUUGUAGAAUGCCUGGGAUCGAAAAGAUUUAAUCGUUUUUCAAAGUGGUCUACACUCUGCAGAGCUCUAGUUAACCUGAUGAUUAAAGUAAAGCAAUUCAAAGCCCGACGGCGAGGAGGAAAUUUGCCAACAGGCAACACCAGACAUACCCGCAGCAAUCCACCGAAUCCUCCAACCCCAACAUAUCCCUUGACAAACCCAUCUGCAAUGGAAUUGAAACAGGCUGAAAAUCUGAUUAUUAAAACUGCGCAAAUGGACGCCUUCACUCCCGAGAUCAGAAGUAUACAGCAAUCGAAGUCGUUGAAGAAAUCAAGCCUAUACAAUCUCGAUCCUUUCAUCAACGGCAACGGGGUACUUCGAGUUAAUGGUCGCCUACGUCAUGCUGAAUUACUAUUUGAGGAAAAACAUCCAGCUAUCAUCCCUAGAGAUUCUCACUUGGGAAAUUUAAUAAUCAACCACUAUCACGAAACCGUCCAUCAUCAAGGCAGGCAGAUUACUCAUGGAAGAAUCCUUCAAGCGGGAAUAUGGAUAAUUGGAGCGAACCGGACGAUUUCAAGGAGAAUCAAGCGCUGUGUCAUAUGUCGACGACUGGGUGGGAAGCUAUUAACACAAAUCAUAGCCAAUCUACCACGCGAUAGAUUGGAAACACCGCCGCCGUUUACUAACGUAGGUUUUGACGUUUUUGGGCCCUGGACUAUACAGACCCGGAAACUAAGAGCAGGAGCAGCUAACGCAAAACGUUGGGGACUAAUAUUCACGUGUCUCAACUACCGAGCUGUCCAUAUUGAGGUGUUCGAAUCGAUGGAGACGAGCUCGUUUAUCUGUGCCCUUAGGCGAUUCUUCGCUUUACGUGGCCCACCAUCUCUUCUGCGAUGCGACCGAGGUACCAACUUCAUUGGGGGAAAGUCUGAAUUAGAUCAAACCUUAAACGCCAUGAACCAGAAGGACAUUAAGAAAUACGUCUCAGAACAAAACUGCAAAUGGAAAUUUAACCCUCCCCAUGCCUCGCACUUCGGUGGGGUUUGGGAGAGACAAAUCGGCACGGUUAGGCGUGUGCUGGACGCAAUGUUCCUGGAACUUGGAAGUCCACAACUAACACACAAGCUACUGGUUACCCUUAUGGCCGAAGCUACUGGCAUAAUUCACUCACGCCCCAUCGCCGUCGUACCUUCCGAUAUCGAUCAACCCCAACCACUUUCACCUAGUACACUUUUGACUAUGAAGACCCGACCCCUUCUACCUCCACCGGGCGUGUUCACACCAGAGGAUGUCUAUUCACGUCGUCAUUGGCGAAGAUCACAAUACUUAGCCGAUCAGUUUUGGAUACGUUGGAAACGAGAAUACCUUCAAGAACAGCAGAGAAGAACAAAAUGGAACAAAAAACAGCCAAAUAUAAGAGAAGGAGAUAUCAUCAUCAUGAAGGAUCAAAGCCCACGUAACCAAUGGCCUCUUGGCAGAGUCGUCGAAGCGAUACCGAGUGAAGACGGAAAAGUCAGAAAGGCAAAAAUCGUUAUUUCAAAGGACGGAGAGAAAAAAGUCUACUACAGACCAAUUAGUGAACUUGUUACUUUAAUGCAUACCUAA